AUGCCCUCAACCUCCCAGCAGAGCAGGAUGUCCUACCCCGGCGAGUCGUGCGGCGUGAGCUGCCCGCAGCCCAUCGCCGAGAGCUCCAACGAGCCGUGUGUGCAGCGGUGCCCCGACUCCCGAGCCCUGAUCCUGCCGCCGCCGGUGGUGGUGACCAUCCCGGGCCCCGUGCUCAGCACCUUCCCUCAGGAGAGCGUUGUGGCAUCGUCGGGCCCGGCCUGGCUGGGGCCUUCCUUCAGUUCCCGCAGUUCCCAGGGCUAUGGGGAGUCCUUUGGCUUGGGGGGCUCCCGUGGUUACAGGGGCUCCUUUGGGCUGGGCGGUUCUGGGGGCUAUGGGGGCUCCCAGGGCUCCGGGGGCUUCUCAGGCUAUGGGGGCUCCCUUGGAUAUGGGGGCUCCCGGGGCUCCUGGGGCUCCUUUGGCCUGGGAAGCUGUGGGGGCUAUGGGGGCUCCCAGGGCUUUGGGGACUCCCUUGGCUAUGGGGGCUCCCUUGGCUACGGCCGUUCCCUGGGCUCUGGAGGUGACAAUGGCUAUGGGGGCUCCCUGGGGGGCUAUGGGGGCUCCCUGGGGGGCUAUGGGGGCUCCUUUGGCAAUUGCGGGAGGUCCUACAGCUCCGGCUUCUCCUCGCGGGGCCUGGGCUAUUCCCUGCCUGGCUCCCAGAGAUGGGGCAGGUCCCGCCGCGGGAGCUGUGGGGUUUUCUAA